AUGUCGACGACAACGACGACCACGGCGCCCAUCACGUCCAGCGCGUCCGACGACAUGUGCCCCGUGUGCAAGACGCUGCGCUACCUCAACAAGGACCUCGAGUUCCUCAUCAACCCAGAGUGCUACCACCCGAUGUGCAGCAACUGCGUCAACCGGCUCUUCGAGAACGGGCCCAACCAGUGCCCCUACGCCGGCUGCCACAAGACGCUGCGCCGCAAGGGCUUCCGCGCCGCCUACUUUGGCGACCUGAGCGUCGAGCGCGAGGUCGACAUCCGCCGGCGCGUCGCCGCCGUCUUCAACCAGGUCGAGGACGACUUUGAGACGCUCGAUGCGUACAACGAGUACCUGGAGAUGGUGGAGAACCUGACGUUUGAUCUCGUCAAUGGGAGCGAGUCCCAGCGCCGCAAAGCUGAGGCGCAGCUUGGAGCAUGGGAGGCCGAACACAAGGCGGAUAUCGAGCGGAACAGGCGGGCGGGCGAACGCCAGCGGGAGGCGACGCGCAAGCAGACCGCUGCAGAGAAUGAGGCUGCACGACAACGGCGCAUGGACAUUAUGAAACAAGAAGAGGAAGAACGGCGGCGGCAGGCACAGCAGCGCGAGGAAGACCUGGACAGCCUGACCAAGGCGCCAGAAGGCACAGCGAACCGUAUCAUCCUCAAGAAGCGAGGCCAGCACAGGAAGGAGGAGCUCGAGCGCAGCGAAGCAGCUGCCUUGCGUGCCGCGGCCGGACCCGGUGGCAAUCUGUCGAUUCGCGGCUUGAAAGAUAAGAAGAGGCCAGUGAUCACAGAUGAGCCCUACGAUCCCUUCGGCGGCGUUGACCUUGAGCCGUCGCGAUAUACGGUGCAAGACAGCUACAAGAACCCGUGGCUAGAAGAUGCGCGUAUUCGGAGCGACCAUACAGUCCCCGGAUAUAGCUUACAGGAGUACUACGCACGGGCUAUGCUGGAGGCCUUCUCUGGGUUGGGUGUGUUCAUUGAAGAUGAGAAGGAGACUGGGCUUGGAACGGAUGCGCGCAAUGUGUCGACCAUCGAGGCGUCAAUGGCGGCGACGGGGCUGGGUGUAAGCGCUGGUGCUAUGGAUGUCGACGAUUUCUAG